GAUUCGUGUUAAACGACAAAGCAUCCUACUCUUCCUUUUCCUCCUUCUCAAUGUCUCCCCAACAACACAAAAUGUAUCCGACAAAUUAGGUUUUGUCCCAAUUUAAACAAAAUUUUUUCCAUUUACUUGGAACUCAGUAAAGAACAAGGGCUAUCCUACUCUUCAGAUCUCUUCUUCUUCUUCUUCUUCCCUUUUAUUCAAAAUAAAUUGUUACAGCCAUGUCUGCAGGGGUUUGUGGGAAAAGGGUCGGAUUUGAAGAAAUAUUCGGAUCCUCCCCCAAGAGAUUCAGAUGUUCCAACUUCGAAUCUCCGAAUUCAUCGUCGGAUCCUGAGUUAAGAACAUCCGUUGUCUUAAACCACAACAAUAAGAAGGAAGAUUUUAAGGAGAGUUUGAAUGCAUUUUCUUCGGAUCUCGAAGAACCAAGUAAACAACAUAGUUUUGAUUCUGUGAGAACUGAAAAUUGUACUCAUGAGACUGCUACAUGUAGCCAAACCUCAGACCGCGAUGUCGAGUAUAACGGAGACACCGUCGAUGGUCCCGAGUGGACGGAUUUGUUUGUGCAAGAUGGCGAGUGCGACGAAUAUGGACGACGCUAAGGCCCGUGCUGCCAGAAUUCUUGAAGCAUUUGAGGGAAGUGUUGUUGCCAAGAAAAGGGCUGUUGCAGAGCAGAUUGAGCAUGCUUCUUUGAAGGAACAUUUGCAGAGCUUGUUAGAUAACAAUCAAAUUCUGAGGAGAGCUGUCGCCAUUCAGCAUGAACGCAAUGUCGAACAAGAAGGGAAGGAAAGGGAAGCACAACACUUGAAGCUAAUGCUCGACCAGUACGUCGAACAAGCUCGAACUUUAGAGAUGAACAACUACACAUUAAGGCUUCAUCUUCGGAGAGCACAACAAAGUAGCUCGAUUAAUGGACAGUUUCCUCCAGACAUUUACUAAAAGCUUCCGUCGUGUUAGCCUCACUUAAUAGCUAUGAUUAUGGUAUUUUAUGGUUUAUGUAAUGAAGAUUUAUAAAGUAUUGUACUAAUGUGUUGUUUGUAUAAUUCAAGCCGAAGUAUCAGUUUCUACGCAAUAUUGCUAGUUU